UAUUCGACAAUUCUACAACAGUACAGAAUCAUGCUGGCCAGCAGUUGUCGGAGAUGGCUCAGUACCUCAGCAAGGUCGCUGGCGCAAGCCAAGCCAACACUGUCGGCGCUGAUUCCCGCCAAGCCAAUGUGGUCGAUCGCCGACACCCUGCCGCAGCAGACCACCGCGAUGACAGCGUCGGACAGCAGUCGUCGUGCUGCUGCUGAUCCAGAUGCAGUGACUGUCGCUGAUGUCGAGCGACUGGCCGACGCUGCCAAAAUCUCGCUUCCUUCAGCCAAAGACGUCGAAGCGUUGCAACGAGACUUGGCACUGCUCACCCACUUUGCUGGGCAGGUGCGGCGACACGCUGCUGAUGCUGCUGCUGCUACUGUUGAUACUUCUUCGCCUUCGACGGGUGACGCAAGAGUUCAGGCGUUGGAAACAGCAAGCUCAACACGCUGGUCGCUCCGAACGCGGGACGACACUCCGAAUCAUGUCAACCAAUCUGCUGCACUCCUCUCGCGGGCGGCCAAGACGCAUGGCCCGUUCUUUGCAAUUCCGAAUCUACAGCAGACUCCUGAGCCAUGAGCAUAUUGUAGUUUCAAAAAGUUUGUGUAUUUGCACUGAAAUCAACCCACUGAAAUCAAG